AUGUACAUGUACAGUGCACUUUCCAGCCUCCUUUUGGCUGCCUCCGGCAUCCACUCAGCCAAGGCAGACUCCUGCUACGCUGUUGGACAUCUCGACACCAAUUCUGAAGGCUGGGGCCUGGGCGGAACCACCUAUGCCGGUAGUCAGGGACUGGAUCUUUACAAUUCGAAGGAUGAGCUGAUUGGCAGCUAUGAUCUGUGCGAUACCUGCAGCGGUGUCUGCUCUGACCUCCUUCAUGUCCCAACCAGCAAUCUAUCCGAAGUCUUCUCUUGGGGUGCCACAUGCGGUGACUCCGGUUUUGAUGAAUGCCACGGUGCCUACGGUACACAGACCCAUAUUGAUGGCGAUGAACCCGAGAGUGGCACUGACUUCUACGGCCUCGGAAUUGAUGCGACCUCUGAGUGCCGCGUCAACUUUGACUGCUAG